UGUACUUUAACCAACAGUCUCCUCUAAGUCCUCAUUCUGGUGGCAGGGUGUUUGGUGCUCUGCCGGAACCCCUUGAGCUGAAUCACCCCCACACAACUCCCAGUUCACCAUGUCCAGGAAGGUUGUGAGGUCCAGUAAGUUCCGUCACGUCUUUGGCCAGGCUGUCAAAGCUGACCAAUGCUACGAUGACAUCCGCAUCUCCCAGAUGACGUGGGACAGCAACUUCUGCUCUGUUAACCCCAAGUUUGUGGCCAUGAUUGUGGACGCCAGUGGCGGCGGAGCCUUCAUGGUGUUGCCCCUGAGCAAGACAGGACGUAUCGACAUGUCCUACCCCACUGUGUGCGGCCACACAGGACCGGUCCUGGACAUCGACUUCUGUCCUCACAAUGACAACAUCAUUGCCAGUGGCUCUGAGGACUGCAGUGUCAUGAUUUGGGAGAUCCCGGACGGCGGGCUGACCACGCCACUCACAAAUCCUGUUGUCAAGCUGGACGGCCACUCCAAACGUGUUGGCAUCCUGAGCUGGCACCCCACCGCCCACAAUGUGCUGAUGAGUGCAGGCUGUGAUAACGUGGUGAUUCUGUGGAAUGUGGCUCGUGGGGAGGCAGUAGUGAAGAUUGACAGCGUUCACCCUGACGUCAUCUACAGCGCCGUCUGGAACCAGGACGGCUCCCAGAUUCUCACCUCUUGCAAGGACAAGACCAUGCGGCUGCUGGACCCACGCAAGGGCACUGUCAUCACCGAGAAGGAGAAGCCUCAUGAGGGCUCCAGGCCUGUCAGGGCUGUGUUUGUCUCCGGUGGGAAGAUCCUCACCACCGGCUUCAGUCGCAUGAGUGAGAGACAGGUGGCGCUGUGGGACCCAAAUAACUUUGGAGAGCCGUUGACCCUGCAGGAACUGGAUACCAGUAGCGGCGUCCUUCUGCCAUUUUUUGACCCAGACACUUGUAUCGUCUACCUCUGUGGCAAGGGGGACAGCAGUAUCCGUUACUUUGAGGUGACGGAUGAAGCUCCUUAUGUCCACUACCUGUCCAUGUACGGCAGCAAGGAGAGCCAGAAGGGGAUGGGAUACAUGCCCAAGAGAGGCCUGGAGGUCAACAAAUGUGAAAUUGCCAGGUUCUACAAACUCCAUGAGAGGAAAUGUGAGCCCAUAGUCAUGACAGUGCCACGCAAGUCUGAUCUGUUCCAGGAGGAUCUGUACCCAGACACCGUCGGCCCUGAGCCUUCAGUCGAAGCUGAUGAGUGGUUUCAAGGAAAAGAAGGCCAGCCUAUUAUGAUCUCUCUAAAGGACGGGUUUGUGGCAGCCACCAAAACCAAGGAGUUCAAAGUUCACAAGACUCUUCUGAAGACCACGGCUGCUUCUGCUGGGAACCAACAGGACAGCAGCCGGGAGGUUCAGUCCUUGAGAAAGGAGGUGAAGGACCUGAAAGCAGCGAUAGAGGAGCUGACCAACCGUGUGAACGAGCUGGAGAGCAAGCAUUAAACUAGAGAAGUUUAAUAAACAAGAACAAUAAAUCAAAGGCAAAAGUCAAGAGCGAAACAGUAGGUGGGAAAAAGACAGUGAGAGAAGAGUGGUCUGUUGUAAAUCUGAUUUGCAGUGAGACAAAGGGAGAGAUUGAAACCUACAGCUGUAAGGACGCCUCCUUUUUUCUUUGAAGCUUGAAUUUGUUUAUUUGGUUUGUCUGAUCAAUUUUUAAAAUUCCUAUUUUAAUAUAUGCUUUUAGUUUGAAAUAAAAUCCUCUGUAUUUUCAAAA